CAAUGACUCUACUGAUCAUUUAUCUUUCAUGAUUAAGCCUACUACGAAUCAGCCUGGCAUGAACUGAUAACGAGUUAAAUAACUAUCGGCGCCAUUUCCGCUCGAUAAGCUUCCAGGUCUCAAUAAUCCCUUCUCAGGUCUCACACUGGCUAUUGUGGAAGUCUUCUAGAGAAUGCAUGACAAAAAGAACCCGUGUCAGGGGAGGAAUUGAGAUUAAACCGAUCGCAUGGGUCACGUGUGGCUCAAGCGCUGGGGUGUGGCUCAGCCCAAGGGAGAUUUACAGUGAUGUCCUAGUUACCCACCCGCCAGACUUUCUAAGUGGACCGACCACUGAAGAAAGAGCGAAGAAAGUGCAGGCUAAGGUAAGCAAGCUUAGACUGCUUAGCACCAAGAGUCGUACGGGGGAGACCUUCACAGCAACCUUUCUGCCGGCGGGAGGAAUGGAUUCCAGCCCACAAUCAUCAAUGCAUGCAUGUACAGAACUCCAGAAGGAUGUACAACUGAUCGGCAUUCCUAGCAGACGGGUGAACUGCCCCCAGAUUUAGAUCCA